UUCCUGCUUGAGCUCCCGGGGAGCCAGCGCCGAGCCUGCCCAUUCCCCACCACCACCACCCCGGAGCCGGGGCUCCGGAUGCCGCCUCCUGUCCCCAGCCUCCAGGUGACCAGACCCGACCCCCACCCAGGACUCCAGCCAUGUGGGCCCCCAGCAGAAAGCACCUCUGCCUGGCCUUCCUGAUUGUUUGCCUCCUGUCGGCCAUGUCCUUCCUCCACCUGCACCAAGAUGUGCUUCAGAACGCUCUCCACUUGUCUCUGCUGUGUCCAGACCGCGGCCUGACAUCUCCGGUGGCCAUUGUGUGCAUGCCCAGAUCACCGGGGAUAGCCAACAGCUCAUCUCCCAGUUCCCAGGACCUUCAGCCUCUCUCUGGCACUUGGACCAUUUACCCCGAUGGCCGGUUUGGGAACCAGAUGGGGCAGUACGCCACCCUGCUUGCCCUGGCUCAGCUCAAUGGGCGCCGGCCCUUCAUCCUGCCUGCCAUGCAUGCCACACUGGCCCCCGUGUUCCGCAUCACCCUGCCCGUGUUGGCCACUGAGGUGGAGAGCCGCACCCCUUGGCAGAACCUGCAGGUACAUGACUGGAUGUCAGAGGAAUACUCCCACUUGAGUGAACCCUUUCUGAAACUGUCUGGCUUUCCCUGCUCUUGGACUUUUUUCCACCACGUGCGGGAACAGAUCCGCAGGGAGUUCACCCUGCACGACCACCUUCGUGAAGAGGCUCAGUGGGUCUUGAGACGGUUCCGUCUGGGCCCCAACGGUCGCCACCCUCGGACUUUCGUGGGUGUCCACGUGCGCCGAGGGGACUACCUAGAGGUGAUGCCUCAUCGCUGGAAGGGUGUGGUGGGUGACCAGACUUACCUCCAGCAGGCCAUGGAUUGGUUCCGGGCACAGCACGAAGACCCCAUCUUUGUGGUCACCAGCAAUGGUAUGGAAUGGUGCCGGAAAAACCUCGACACCUCCCAGGGUGACGUGGUCUUUGCCGGUAAUGGGCUGGAGAGCAACCCGGCAUGGGACUUCGCCCUGCUCCUCCAGUGCAACCACACCAUCAUGACCAUUGGCACGUUCGGCUUCUGGGCGGCCUACCUGGUGGGUGGGGACACUGUCUACCUGGCUAACUUCACCCUGCCCGACUCUGAUUUUCUAAAGAUCUUCAAACCAGAAGCUGCCUUCCUGCCCGAAUGGGUGGGCAUUAAUGCUGACCUGUCCCCCCUGAGGACGCGUUUCCCAGGAAGCUUUCUGAAUAAAGCCUGAGAUGGAGCCAAAGCAGGUGGGUACCCACUUCUCAAGCAAUUCUCAUUGGCAAGCCUUCUGGAACUAUCAGAAUGCUAUGACCCACAGGAUAUCAUCUCGUGAUGGCCAGCCCUGGCUGGCUGUUCUAGAAAGUUCAGUGUUCACCUGCUCUUCCUGGUUCAUACUUCUGGGUGGCUGCACCCAGCAACAGGGAACAACACUUCCCCCUUCUUGACUGACCUGCUGCUUUUUCUAGAAGAGGAGCUUUUUCUCCCCUGCAUCUUCAGGUAACAGAAGGAACUCAGGGUUUACCAAGAGCAAGCACCAGGGGAGAAAUAACAGUUACCUGACCUCGCCUUACUGUACAGCAAGCACUUCUCAGUUCUUCUCAUGUGUUUCUGGGAGUUUCUGAUUUAUUCUAGAGAAGGCCACGUCUCAUGUCCUGUGAAAAAAUCUUGCAGGACUUUGCCAGAGGGGACAGUAGAUCACUGGGAGAGAAUCUCAUGAAGACACAACCAAAGCUCAAUACUCCACUGCCUGAAAGAUCUGGUAAAAUAAGUCAGUCUCUAGCUGUGCUCACCACAGCCUCUGAAAGGGUUGGGCAGGUUGUAAGUACAGCUUAUUUUUGCCCAGCCUUCACUUCCAAGAAAGCCUCAAAGAAAUUGUCUAGGAGGAUCAAAGAGGCUCAAAGAGGAAAGAGUUAAAGAGUUAACUGCCAGGCACUGAUGGCCUAUAAAUCCUAGCUACCCAGGAGGCUGAGGUCUGAGGAUCAUGGUUCGAA